GAAAGAGUUAUUAAAAGUUGACAAAUUCAAUGCAGAUACUCUUACACUUUGUAUAUCAUGUCACUAUCAAAUGAAUAACAUUAAAGAACUUUUUAAAUUAUCACAUGAAUUAAUAUCAUCUCUGCCGACACUUGCAUUAUCAUGGUAUUCAAUUAGUUGUUAUUACAUGCUUCUCGAAAAAGUUGAAUUAGCAAGAUUUUACCUCAACAAAUCAUUAUCGUACGAUAAACUUUUUUCCCCUUCCUGGUUAUUGCUUGGUCAUUCUUACAGUCUUAUAUCGGAACAAGAUCAAGCCAUUUCAACUUAUUUACACACUCUGAAGUUUCUACAAAAUUGCCAUUUACCUUACCUUUACGUCGGUCUUGAAUACUCGGCGAUGAAUAACCAUAAAAUUGCUUUAGAUUUUAUUUUACACUCGAGUAAAUUGUGCUUAGAUGACCCCGUUGUUUUACACGAACUAGGUGUCGUGGCUUACAAAUCGAAUAUGAUUAAUUUAGCUUGGGAUUAUUUACACGCUGCUCUCAAAUAUGUCCAAAAGGCUUACGCGUAUCCAAAAACGUUGUCCUCAUAUUGGGAAAUUUUAUAUACCAACUUGGGUCACGUAGCCCGUAAGCUUAAAAAACACGAAGACUCUAUCAUAUAUUUUAACAAAGCUUUAUUAUUAAAUCCUAAAUCUUGUUCGACUUAUACAGCGCUAGGGCUAGCUUACUCUCUAAAAUUCGAAACAAAUAAGGCAAUCGAAAUGUUCACGGAGAACUAUCGUACUUAUUAACGGUGUGAUUCAUAUGAAUAAUUUAUAGUUGGUUAAUGGCCCCCAAAAACGGUGAAGUCUAUUUUGACUUAAAACUAUUAAGUCUAAUAGAUAAAGCUCAACCUUGGAUAAAUCCGGAAAAAUUAACCCGAAAAAACACCUUAAAAAUUCAUUCAAGCCUAAAUCUUUUUAAAAUAAGUAUUAUCAAAUUAAAAACACCUAAUCGCGCUUUUGUUAGGAGGGAUCGCGGGUUAAGAAUAUUUUAAAAAAACAUUCGGAUUUUUCGGGCAAAUUAAUAGACGGGCUUAUAUUUAUUUUUAAAUUUUUUUAUUGCAUAUUUAUAUAAAAAUAUAUUAAAAUAAAAUAGAUAAAGAGCCGAACAAAUCAAAUAUUUUUUAAACAUUGGGCGAGCUGGUUGAACAAAAUUUUUAAACAAAUUGCGGUGAAUGUAUUAAAAAUUAUGGGCGGAUUUGCUGAUUAAAUAUUUUUAAAACAAUUGGCGGGUAGGCAUCUCUAAUAUGUGGUGUAAUAAAAACAAUUUUCAGUGGGCUUUUAUACAAUUAAACUUUAGAUCUAUUGUUGGAGAGGUAACCGCAUGCUUCAUUGGGAUAGGGGCUUCUGGUUUAGCAUAUCAUAUUUAAUAUUAUGUCAGUUUUGUUGCUAGCUCCUAUCAUUUAUGCAUGCUUAAAAAACAUUUUGCACAAAUUGUUAAUAUUUUAAGCACAUUUCAAAUAAAGAGCUUGGGCAUAUAUUUUUGGCCAUCAUUUAUUACAAUUUUUUGAGAUACAAAUUAAAUAAAUAAAUAUUAACGCAUCAAGAUGUUAGAAUAUUUAAUGUGUUUU